AUGCUAAGACACGUUUUAAACGUUGUGGAAACAGAAGAUUUAAAUAAACAUUCAACCAUAACCUGCUCAGUUGUCGCUCAAACCAAAGUUUCCGAGGUGUACAAUAUAAAAAUUCAUCUUGACGAUAAUCGAAAUAUUAUAAGUGCUAACUGCAACUGUAAAGCUGGAGUAGCGCAGCAAUGCAAGCAUAUAUGUGCCGCAAUACACUUCGUUAACUCACCGGAUUCUGCAGCUAGUAAAACUAGUCAAUCGCAAGGAUGGGGUAAACCCUCGCAUCGGCAGCUUUUGGGUUAUGACAAAGGGGCUCGAAUUUCAACUUUAUUUCCACCUCCUCCUUUAUGUAGUAAAGCCGAAAAAUUGACUCCGUUUCAUGUUACUACUGAAAACUUGAAGGAGUUUGUGCCUUUUUCACCUUUAUUUCAAAUUCUUCAGUUUGAAGAGAGAAAUCAGGUCGAGAUUAUUGCUGCUGAAACCUUGGCUGAAAUUAAGCGGAUGACAGAUAAAAAUAAUUCAUUAGAAAAAGCAAAAAAAGUCACUUUGGACAUUUUCACUCUUCAACUAGUUAAUAAUUUACAUGGUGUUGAGUGUGAAACGCUUAAACAAUGGCAUGAUUUUUAUCAAAAUAAAGUCUGCUGUUAUGUAGAUAAGGCACUAUCAAUAAGUAUUGGAACGAUUGAUCAGUCUGAAAAAUCUGAGUGGUUUGAGGAAAGAAAGUUGCGUAUCACUGCUAGCAAUGGUCACAAAGUGAAAGGAAAUCGUUUUGACAUUGAGAAAAUUAUUGAUGAGUUUUAGAAUCCUAGUAAACAUGAAACCUCUGCUAUGAGUUAUGGAAAAAAAAACUGAAGAAAUUGCUCUCAAAGAAUACAAGAAAUUACUACAACCAAAUUGGGAAGUAGUCAGAGUUGGUCUUAUCGUUAAUAUUCCUCAGCCGUGGAUGUCAUGUAGUCCAGAUAGUAUUCUAAUUUAUGGGCCAAAUAUUUGGCAGAAAAAACUCAUUGAAGUGAAAUGCCCAUAUUCAUGCCGUAAUCAACCGAUUUUCAACGAAGAAUCACUGGAAAUCCACGUUCAAUACUUAAGAUUCGAUGAAAAUGGAUUGCACUUAAGCACAACUCACUCAAUUUACACUCAAAUUCAGCUUCAAAUGUACGUCACAAACAUUGCUUUUUGUGAUUUAUUCAUCUAUUCACCUAUGGGUAGUGUUUUAAUAACUGUUGGACGAGAUGAGGCUUUUCUUAACAAAGUAAUACCUGCACUCCAAAAAUUUUACUUCCAACAUUAUCUUCAAAGAUUAUUUUCUAUGCAUUCUAAAAAAAACUAGAUGCAUUUUCUAUCUGCAAUAUUUA